AUGUCUCUGAAAAUGUUUCAAAUUUUGGUGUCUGCUUUGCUGUUUACAGCUUCUCUUUCAGGUGUCCUUGGAGCACCCUUUCUGACAGAUGAAUCAGCAAAUCAAUUCAUACGGCUCAAACGACACAUACCAUAUUCUCCCAGCUACUGGGACUCAGGCAGCAGCCAGCAGACGUGGGGAUACACCCUGGCUGAACAGAUUAGUGAAUCCUGGGCAGCUUUGAGAGAGACAGCACAGUACUACAUGAACUUGGACGCUUUUGCCUUCGGUCGCUCCACAGCCAUCAUCAACAUCAGAUCCUACAUGGAGCGAUUACAGCAGUCUGGGACUCAUCUCCAGCAACAAGCUAUUAAAUCCUACACAUCUUGUACCUGGCCAUGUUAG